AUGGCCAAUACGAAAAGAUCCAAGAAUCAAUUAAGACGAGAGAAGGCCAAACAAAGGAAGGUCGAAAAAGUCGUACCAGAACCUGCGAAGCCAAUUGAGAAAGAGGAAGUAUCCAAACAGCUUGAUGACAAAGUACCGAAUUCAGAUGACAUGUCCAUAGUGACUUCAGAAAUAGAUGACAAUUUAUUUGAACAAUAUCAGAACAUCUUUAAUCGAUUCACCUCUCAUAAAGAUGAAGAAGAGUCUCAAAGUAGUGAGAAAACAUUAAAUAAGAAUGAAACUGUCUACUAUAGCGAUGAUGAGGAUGAUCAAGAUCUAGAAAAUUCCAGUUCGGAAGAAGAAGAAGAUUCCAAAAGUUUAUCAAAACGUCAAUUACGAUUACAGAAUAAAGUACCAUUAGCAUUACUCAAAGCUUCUACAAAGAGACCUCAGAAUGUGGAAUGGAAUGAUGUGGAUUCACGAGAUCCAUAUCUUCUAGUUCAAUUGAAAUCACUCCCAAACACAAUCCCAGUUCCAUCUCAUUGGAGUGCCAAACGAGAAUAUCUAUCAUCCAAGCGAGGAAUUGAGAAGCUACCGUUUGAACUUCCAAAAUUUAUUCGCGAUACUGGUAUUGGAGAAAUGAGGGCCACUGAUGAACGAACAAUACGACAACAACAACGAGAGAAAGUGCAGCCUAGAAUGGGUAGAUUGGAUAUCGAUUAUGAAAAAUUAUAUAAUGCAUUUUUCAAAUAUCAAACAAAACCGAGAAUCUUCCCCUUUGGUGACGUUUAUGAAGAAGGCAAAGAAUCAGUUGAAGAAUUGCAAUCACAAAUUUCUAGAAUGAAACCAGGUGUGAUAUCAUUGGCAUUAAGAGAUGCCUUGGGGAUGCCACAAGAUGAUGUCAGUAUUGCUCCUCCUUGGAUUACUAUCAUGAAAGGGAUAGGUAAGCCUCCGUCAUAUAAGGAUCUAGUAAUACCUGGACUAGAUAUCGAAUAUUCUAACACUGGAUAUAAAGAUAAAUCAAGUAUAGAUAAUACGUCUCAGAAGAUGGAACGCUGGGGAAUGCUACUGUCUUUGGUAGAGUCUUCAGAAGGAGAAAGUGAAGAAGAGAAUGAGGCCGAAGAAGAUGAAAGUGACGCUUCCGGCUCCGAAGAAGAGGAAGAUAUAUCAAUGUCUGAGCGAAAUAUUCCGCCAAGUACCAAAACAGCAAAUGUGGAGAAUACAGAAAUUGAAGACGAGGCUUCAAAAUUCCUAUAUAAAGUACUCAAAGAAAAGACUUCAAAUACACAUGGGUCGCUAACAGGAUUCACGUACGAUUUAGGUACAAACGGUGACACGCAGAAGGUUCAACAAGAAGAGGUGCAUGCGAAAGCUUCCGAGAAAGAUGACGAAUUCAAAUUUUAA